AUGCGACUGAGGUACAUUACACCAUUAUGGAGAGGUGGUUACGUAAGCACGUGUUCGUUUCAAAGAACGUUUCUGUCUUCAGAGGCUCCGCAUUACGGUAAGACCCUUGAAAACGGCCAAAAUUUGGAUUCUGAAACGAAGGAAAAUGGCAACGGAGAUAUUAUAGGAGCUGUGAAGUUAUUUGAAGCCAUCAAACAUUAUACUAAAUCCAGUAAUAUACAAAACAAGACUAAAUUGCUGAAAUCUUACUGCGACUGGGGACUUUACGAACAAGCCAUGAAAAUUGUGCGUUCCAUCGUCAAUCUUAAGGUUUACGACACAGAUGCUUAUGACUUGGUAAUAACCAGUAUGGCAACGCGUAGACAGAUAGGAAAAGCCAUACAGGUCUUCGAGGAGAAAUUGAAGAGGCAACAACACUUUCCAACCAAAGUAUACUUAAGUGAAUACGUCGCGGAAAUGAUUGAACUGCUCCUCAAUCCUGAAAAUCUGAUAAUUAAGGGAGAGGUUUUUGAUGAACAUCGUCAUACUAGAACAUCACAGAUGGUGUUUCGUUAUCUUGAACAAAAUGGGGAAAGAUUACCAUUAAGAUUAAUUCGUGCAAUUCACUCGUGGCUCAUGCAUGAUCCAAAUAACUACUGGACUUGGCAGAACUGCACAAUUAGUGAAGCAGGAAAAUGCUCUUUCUGUGGUAAUAUGUUGAUAAACCGCUUACCCUUAGAGGAUGUACGCCAGUUGAAAUUUGAAAUCCUAAGGCUUUUUGAAAUUCCACAGAAGUCUACUUUUAAACUGAACGAUAUAAGUUUAGAAGACCAGAUGUACCAAGAGAUAGAAGAAUUGAAGAUGUUUGUCAAAGAAAAGGGGCCAUUUGACGUAAUUAUUGAUGGCUUGAAUGUCCUUUGCACAGAAUCAAAAUUUAAGUUAUCAUCACACAGGCUAUUAGAAAUGGUAAAUCACUUUGCCAUACAACAGAAGAAUGUUAUGGUUGUAUUAUCUAAGAAAGAACUGGAAAAUAGGAAAGCCACUAGGGCUCUCAAAACUACUAAUUGUGCUGUUUUCAUGAGCAGCUUUGGAAAUGAUGAUUUGUACCUUUUGUAUGCUGCAGCCAUGAGUGGAUUGCGAUAUGUUGAGGUUGUCACCAAUGACAAACUUCGAGAUCACCGCCUUUUAUUCCCAGCUGAAGUGGGAUGGAUAUUCUCAAGAUGGACAAGGUUAAACCGUGUAAGCUUCACAAAAGGAGGAAAAGGAAAACUGCAAUUUUUCAGAGAUAGAGUUGACCCUGUUGUGCAGUACAAUGGGAAUUCAUGGCACUUUCCUGUUGCUAAUGAAGCAUGGAGGUGUUCAAGGAGAUCAAAACGGUUCAAAAAUUUAUUUUAAAUGCACAUUUUUUAAAAGCUAUGUACAAGAGAGAAUUUUGAAACUUGUUUAUUGAGACAUAACUGAAUGGCUCUUCCAGUAAACAAAUAUAAUGGUAUAUUUGAUAAAUUAUGUGAUUCGGGUCACCCAGUGGCACUUAUGUAAAUGUUAAGAUAAAUUAUGUGAUUCAGGUUACCCUGUGGCACUUAUGUAAAUGUUAUUACUGUUGGAGGAAAAAAAAUGGCUUUUUGUUAAAUGAUAGUUGUGAACUUCUUCUUGCCUUAAGUUAUGUAUUUCUGUUAUGUGCCAAUCAAUUCAAAGUUUGAAAUUCCCCCCUCUUCCUCCCUGUCUACCCAUGGGCAUUUUACUGUCAUCUGUGCUCACAGGGCAGGGAAUUUCAAUCUUGCUUGGGUGGGGAGGGGAAUUUGAAUCAGAACUGUCAAGUUUUCCCUAGGUCUACAAGAAAGUCACAGUGGCUGAUCAUACCUUUACCUUGAUCAAACCAAUCUUCAAAAGUUCAAAUGCCUUGUGGAAUAUGUGAUAAAAUGCAGGUUGUUUAUGGGAAAAUGACACAUGAUGGGGUGAAGCUCAAGACAACAUAUGGCAAAUUUGAUUGGUAGUUAAUGUUAAAGCAUGUGAGUUGUGUGGAAAUUUACUAACAAUAACAUUUAGUUUCAUGUGAGAUUUUUUAGUGGGUUGAGAUCAUGUUGAAAAUUUAGGCUGUUUACCGGGAAAUGUCAUUUUAUCAAGGAAAACCUAAUCGCUAGUGAGAAGGAAACAGAAAACUGUUCUGGAAAAGUACCAUUAGACACAAUAUGUAAUUCAUGGAGAACUUCUAAAAGCAAAGAAACGAAUAUUUACAUGGUAGAGAACACAGAAAGUAUAUAAAACUUGAUCUUUUUCAACCUUCACCAAAAGUGCAACUGUGGGGCAAAGACGAGAAUGCUUUAUACGAAUGCAUUGUACAAAUUUUACCUCAUUGUAAUUCAGAUUAACUGCGAUGAUGGUGGAAUUAAACUUCUUUUAUUGUUAUUAUUAUAAAACAUUGGUAUGUGAGAGGGAAUCAGUUUCGGCUGGCUACACGCUUAUUUCCUGCGCAAAAUUUUAAAGGAACAUAUUAAGAAACAGCGUUAAUUGACCGCUCUCGCAAAGUGAGCGUCGUGUUUAAUUCAGACAGGCGUUCCUAGAGCGGAACUAAAACUCGAGCAUCAACUGGCACUAACUUGGUAGCCGCUGAUUAGAUGACUGCAGUUUCAUGAUGAUUUAGGAGCACAGGGACCAGAGAGCGGGGAAGGACAGAAGCAGUCUAGUCCAUUGCUUUAUCUUCUUAACUGUUGUAUGACUGUUGUUUUUGGAAACAGUUUAGGAACAUUCAGCUGCUUUAUCCAACGAGAACCCGGUAUGAUUCGGCUGAGGUGUCUUACGACGAGAAAGAGAGCUUGUGUAACAAGCACGUGUCUGCUUUUCAGAUCCUUUCUAUCUUCAAAAGCUUCAACUUCUGUUCAUACCCAUGGAAACGGCCAAAAUGUAGAGACUGAAACGACGAUGAAACACUACAUUAAGACUGGUAAGGUAACGGAUGCCGUAAGGCUAUUUGAAGAGAGCAGGAACGGUGGAAAGUCGUGGAAAAUAGACGGUUGUUACUCUUGGCUAUUACAUUUGUUUGUGCAACACAAUGAACAUGAAGCUGUAGACAAGCUGUACGAAGACAUUAAACGAAAUGCUGUUUUCAUUGGCGAAGGAGCUAAAUUCUCGAUGAUUAAAUCUUACAGCAAUCGGGGACUUUUUGACCAGGCUGUCGGCAUGCUGCACGCCAUUGUGGAAAGUAAUAUAGCUCACCACACUCGUCAUUAUGAUUAUAUUAUAACCUCUAUGGCCAAGAGGGGACAAUCGGAAAAAGCUUUGCGAGUCUUUGAGGAGAAACUAGAAAGGUUGGAAAAUUUCGGAAUUAAUGAAAACAUGUCUGCGCCAAUCAAAGACAUGAUCGAAUUGCUUCUUAACCCUAAAAGUCUCCCAGUUAAUGAGAACGAUCAUGGUAAGGAAGGCAAAGUUGAUACAAACCAUCACAAGAAAAUGUCAAAUAUGGUUUUUAGUUAUCUUCAACAAACUGGUGAAAGGUUACCGGUUAAAUUGCUUGUAGCAGUUCGCUCUUGGCUGAAUCACGACCCUGUUUAUCACUGGAAGUGGAAAUACAGCAGAAUAAGUGAAGUAGGAACAUGCUCAUCUUGUGGAAAUCAAUUGAUGAGUGGCAUCCUCCCAGGAGAUAUACAACAGUUAGAAAGGGAGCUAAUCAAACUGUCCAACAGCCCUCAACUGGUUAUUUCCAAAGUGGCAGGUGAAAAUCUGGACAAGAAAAUACAGAAAGAGUUGGAAGAAUUGAAGAGCUUUAUUCAAAGAAGAGGACCAUUUGAUGUGGUAAUUGAUGGCAUGAAUGUUGCCGCCUAUGGCUCAGGAGCAAAUAUGUCAUUUUCCACGGACAGGCUGGUGGCCACAGCACAUCACUUUGCGGCACAACAAAAGAAAGUGCUUGUGAUAGUAAACAAAGCUUGGAGAACUUCUGUCUACAAGCUUGAAGAUGUUUGUGCUGUUUUCAGGAACAAGUUUAAAAAUGAUGACUUGUAUGUUUUGUAUGCUGCAGCCUUCAGUGGAAUGCAACAAGUUGAGGUUGUCACCAACGACAGACUCAGAGAUCAUCGCCUUCUGCUUCCUAGCAAUGUUUGGUGGACAUAUUUAAGAUGGACAAGACUAAACUGUGUAUCCUUCACUGUCAAUGAAAGAGGGAAACUGGAAUUUUUCAGGCAAAAAGUUGAUCCAGUGGUGCAGCGUAGUGGCAACUCCUGGCACUUCCCUGUUGAGGAUCGAUCAUGGAGAUGUGCGACAAAAUCAGGAAUUAAGAGAUCACAAAUGAAAAAUUAG